AUGGAGAUUUCUUGCUCGCUAAAGGAGAUUAUUGGUGGCACCUGUGGAUACGAUAGAAAAGAUAGAACACAAAGCACUGUAGUUAUUCCUUUACAAGCUUGUAACAAGGAAAUCGUGGCACAUAAAUCAACAUUUGAAUUUUCUGGCAUCGAAAGCGAGGUAGAACUGAUUCUUAGCCAAGCAGGCAUAUUUAUUUCGCCGGAAAAUAUCCAUUGUUGGACAAUUUGCCCGCUACAUCGAUCCAAACUUGGCCUGGGGUGGAGCAGAGGCAAUAAUGCAAGGUGUAGGGUACCCGCUGCACUGUCAAGUCACAGGCAAGCAAACAGAAAGUGGCCAAAGUGCGAUAGAGGAAUAAAUAAGGACGAUUCGCGGUUAAUAUUGAAGAUGACUGGUAUAUUUUUGCAGGUUGGUUCAGGUAAGAGUGGUUGAAUAGUUUCGAGUUGAUUUAUGUUGAUAACAUAUUAAUUACUAGCUUGAUUCUUGAAUUUUCUAUGUGUUGUUUUAUCCAGGUAUUCAUUCAACAUGUCGUAAGAAGUUAAGAGCAUUAGUGCUAACCAGUCCGCAUAAAGCAGAGAGUGUUAUCGAUCAAAUGGAUGCGUUAACACUGGUAAGUUUGAAUUAUGUUAUUUGUAUUGCGUGUCGAAUUUUAUACCUGGAACUCUAUCUUCAGUUUUCGUGGGAAACGGCGGGAAAUGAAAGCUUCUACAUCAGGUUAUUAUCCGGUAGAUUUUAGAUUAAGCGUCCCAGCCAAUGCUAGUGAUUGCAACGGUUUUCAAAUCUUUCAACUAAGUGUCAGUCUUCUAAGGGACCGGUCAUUAAUUACAAGGGACGGGGCGGGGGAGCUGGUGAAAAAGAGGGGAGGUCAGAUAUUUUUCUGCAUGAAAGGGGGGGGGGACAUUUUUGUUCAAUAUGAAUACCUGCCCCGUGACCCCGUCAUAUCAUAUAAUCUACAGGUGAAAAAUAGAGAGCAGUACACCUGUGGUAAGCACAAUGCCAAAUAUUCAAAUCCAAGGUCACAACAACAUUUAUUAAAAUUUAUUAAACUGAACAUAAAGUAAUAAGUGUAUUUAUUUUUUACUCAUUGAGAUGGUUCAUUGCAUGUACAUUGCAUCGGAAUGGCCGUUGACUCGAUUAAUGGUAGAUAAUAUAUAAAGAUAUAUAGGGUAAUAUGAUUAAAGUGGCUUCACAUUGUAUAAGAACUUUAAAUUACGUAUGUCUCUUUUGUUAUUGCAUCCUCAAGGGGGGGGGGACAUAAUUUUAACAUCUAAGUUUUCAUUUCCAUCAGCUCCUCUCCUGUAAUUAAUGAUCGGUCCCUAAUAUGUGUGCUGGAAGAGCACUGAAGACGCCAGACGCAUGCUGGAAUUUGGUUGGUGCAUGGGAGGUUGGGGACUCAACGGGAUUUCUUGCACCAACACUGUACCAUAGAUAUCACAAAUUCUUAUCUUCUAAUUUGCUCAUAUGAUUAUAAUCGCUUCCAUGCCUAUUUUUUAACAGAAUAAGAAUAUAGACGACGAGUUGGAAAUAACGUUCUCUCCAGAUAUGACCACACCUGUUUGUGAACGAACAACGUUUGACGUUGGAAGUACUGGCAUGAGCCUGUACAAACCGGGCGAGACGUCUUUUACUUCGACUAUUUCAGAAGAUAUAUCAACUACACUGUCUACACCAAGAGAGAAUCUCAAUGCGUUUCUAACCUCAAGAGAUGUUAGCCCCAUCAGGUAUACUUUAUCAGCACCAUUCGAAGAAGUUUCAGACCGAACAAAACGUUUUCACAUGCGCAAAGCGCGCCAAGUUGUUACUGCAUGCCUAGAAGAAAUCGUUCCUGGACAAUCAUCCACGCUACUUAAAGAAUUAGCAUGCGACAAGUUGGGCAGUGAUAAAAAUAUUGAUACUUUCUUAUUGGAUGCUUUAACGGAGUGUUAUAAUAACACGAGCCAUUGGAGCACGCGUAGACAGAUAUUGUCUAUAAUGGUUGAUAAGGUCACCUUCGAAGAACUGCAAAAAUGGAUACCAACCUUGACCAGAUAUCGUUUCAAUAUUGCAAAACAUCAUCUGUUGCUUCACGGUAGGGGCGCGGAACUCCCCCAUUUAAAGAAUACGAGAGUUUACAUUCAGCCGGAAAAAAUCGACCAUUUUGUUACUUUUAUUACAAGCUCGCACAUCAUACAAGACUUACCAUUUGGAGAAAAAACACUAAAACUGUCCACUCACAGAGAAAUAAAGAUUCCCAACGUUGUGCGCAAUCUUAUACCAGAACAAUGUAUCCAACAGUACGAAGGAUAUUGCAAGGAGGUGAGCUUCCAACCGAUGAGCCGCAGUACAUUGCGCAGGGUUCUUAAAGUCUGUUCUGCUUCCGCACGUACGUCGUUGCAAGGCCUCGAUUAUAUAUCAGCAAUGGGUGGUCAGGUCUUUGAUGAUCUAGAGAACGUCGUUGACAUGCUUGGAGAUCGUUAUGGCAAGGGUUUGGCAUGGGCCAAACAAACAAACCAAAAACUCAAAGAUGCUAAACGUUACUUAAAAGGAGACUACAAGGUAUAAACAAGUGAAAGCUUAUUGGAUUUUUUGUAGAUUCGCGCAUGUAAGAAUCAUUCUAGAAUAGUUCAUUUUGUAUCUGAUUCAUAUAUUCUUUUUAGAUUCACAUUUCUAGCAAUUCUGAAGUUGCGCACCACUGCAGAACAUAUGCUCUCAGUUUUCCAAAUAAUGAAAAUUAUACCACCAGCUGUGAUCAUGAGCACAAGGGAAAGUGUGAUAGAUGCAGUAUAUUUCCUGAGACUCUAGCUGAUAUUUGCGCAUCUUUGGAAGAAGUAAAUUGCCCUCUUGAAGAGAAAGAAAACAUGGAGUACGUUACUACACAAGCAGCUCAACACAUUAGAUCCUGGAAAGCACAUAUUUUAAGAUCAAUUAAUCAGGACGCAGCACGACACGACAUUUUAAAAGUCUUGGAUUCUCAUUCUGCACUUAUCGUUCUAGACUGGGCAAUGAAAUUAAUUCCUCGCAAAUACCGUGAAAGCCAAAGAGAUUGGUUUGCAAAACGGGGACUUCCUUGGCACAUAGCGGUAUUAACAAAGAAGAAUGAUGAUGGCGACCUCCAAGUGCUUACUUUUUUGCACUUGUUUAAGUCUUGUAGCCAGGAUAGUGGCGCUGUUGUUGCAAUCAUUCAUGACGUCUUAAGUCAGCUCUCAACCAUUGCACCAGAGGUGCAUACCGUAUAUCUGCGUCAAGAUAAUGCAGGGUGCUACCACUCUGCAUUAACUCUGCUUUCUCUGCCAACGAUAGAGAGAUCAACUGGAAUUCAAAUCAGACGUAUCGAUUUUUCCGAUCCCCAAGGGGGGAAGGGAGCGUGCGACCGAAAGGCAGCUCAUAUUAAAAAUCACAUGAAUAAAUACCUGAAUUCAGGGAACGAUAUCGAAAAUCCCGAGCAAAUGAAGGCAGCAAUCGAGUCCUUUGAAGGCAUCCCAGGAGUGAAAGUAACAGUGUGCGCUCCACCACCUGGUGUCAAGGGAAUGGCAGGGGAAUGGGAUGGUGUGAGUCUCAUUAACAACAUAGAGUACCGCAAUGAGUCCAUGACGGUGUGGAUGGCAUACAAUAAUGGUCCAGGCAAAGUCCUUCCUUUGACCAAUUUCUGUCGACCCCCAACGGUACCAAAACUUAUCCAUAGCGAGGAAACCGAGGAUACAGUAUCAUUCGUCGCAGUGAAAGCAAGACAACAACCAAAGAAAUCUCGCGAACAAAAUAAUACUGAUCCAAUGGAGGACGAAAGCAACGAUGAAAAAGUCGACACGUACAGCAAAUUAUUUCUCUGUCCUGAACAAGGCUGCAUUAAAUCAUUCCACAGGUACUCUUCUCUAGAAAGACAUUUGCAUUGUGACAACCAUACCUACGUACUAGAGCAUGAAACCCUUUAUGACAAGGCUAUGAAGCUAUAUGCAACAAAACUGGAAGAAGGAUCCGGUAAAAACCCGAUACCAACGGAGUCAGAGAGCGUCGAGUUGCCAGAGCCAGAUAUUGGCCCUGAACUUCAGAUGGGCUGGGCUUUGAGAACUUCCACUAAGGGAAAGCGGUUUUCCGAUGUUCAGAAGAAGUACCUGGUUGACGUGUUUGAUGCUAGAGAGCAAACAGGGCGAAAAGCCGAUCCGGGUGAUGUGUCAAGAGCAAUGAGAUCUACAAGAAACAGCGACGGCUCGUGA